AUGUCGACCCAAUAUGAUGCUAUCGGCGCGUCCUACAAUAACAUGUCCAAACUCCCCGGCGCCGGCCUGGUAUACCUCUGCAUCCAGCAAACCGUCGAACCACUGAUCAAACAUGGCGACGUCAAAGUUCUCGACCUCGCCUGUGGCACAGGUCGCUUUACGCACGCCCUCCGUGCAUGGGGCGCCAAAUCAGUCCUUGGCGUGGACAUCUCGCCAGCCAUGAUCAACGCCGCAUGCGGCGCCGGCAUCCGUGACGCGAACAUCAAGUUCGAGGUCGGCGACUGCGCCCAGCCCGAUGUGCGAUACGCGGACGCACCCUUCGAUCUAGUUCUGAGCUGCUGGCUCCUCAACUACGCGGCCUCCGGGGCGGAGAUGGCGGACAUGUUCCGGCACGCGGCGGGGAAUCUCAGGGCAGGGGGUUCCAUGUUAGCCAUGACGCCAUGUGCAUCCGAGGAUCCGGUGAGACACAUAGAGGAGGCAGCGAAGGUGAGGCCGAAAGCGAUGGGCGAGGUCCAUCUGGAGAAUAUCGGUGCGGUGGAGGAAGGCAUACGGAUACGAGUUUGGGCGGGUACCGAGCCGGAGAUCGUCCAGUUCGACUCCUACCAUCUGCGGAAGAGCGUGUACGAGAAGGCAGCCCGGGACCGUGGGUUCAAGGGUAGACUGGAGUGGACCGACUGCCGGAUCCCGAAGCUGGCAAGGGAGCGAGGCGAGUACGAUGAGGAGUGGGAGAAGUUUGCUAAGAUACCGCAUUCGUCCAUCUUGGUGGUGACCAAAGAAUGA